CUCCUUCUGCUGCCACCCCCCCCCCUUCCUUGCCCGGCCCCAUCCUCUGCACGCCAGGCCCCCCUCCCCUGCCGUCAUCACGCUCCUAGUGGCUUCUCCCAGCUUGGCACUUUCCUACAGAGCCAUCCUUGUGGACAAACUUUGAUGGGGAAUUUCACACAGCGCUGGAAAAAUGCCGGUUAUGAAAGGAUUACUGGCGCCACAGAACACCUUCCUGGACACUAUUGCCACCCGUUUCGACGGAACACAUAGCAACUUCAUCCUGGCCAAUGCCCAAGUGGCAAAGGGUUUCCCCAUAGUCUACUGUUCGGAUGGCUUCUGUGAACUGGCUGGGUUUGCGAGAACUGAAGUCAUGCAGAAGAGUUGCAGUUGCAAGUUUUUGUUUGGGGUGGAGACCAACGAGCAACUGAUGCUUCAGAUAGAAAAGUCCCUGGAGGAGAAGGUAGAGUUCAAAGGAGAAAUUAUGUUCUACAAGAAGAACGGGGCUCCGUUUUGGUGCCUGUUGGAUAUCGUUCCUAUAAAGAAUGAAAAAGGAGAUGUCGUCCUUUUCCUGGCCUCAUUUAAAGAUAUAACAGACACGAAAGUGAAGAUUACUUCAGAAGAUAAAAAAGAAGACAGAGCCAAAGGAAGAUCAAGGGCAGGGAGCCACUUUGAUUCAGCGCGGAGACGGAGCCGAGCCGUUCUUUAUCACAUCUCAGGACACCUGCAAAGAAGAGAAAAGAACAAAUUGAAAAUAAAUAAUAACGUGUUUGUAGAUAAACCAGCGUUUCCAGAGUAUAAGGUUUCUGAUGCAAAAAAGUCAAAGUUCAUCCUGCUGCAUUUCAGUACUUUUAAAGCUGGCUGGGACUGGCUCAUUUUGCUGGCAACGUUUUAUGUUGCUGUGACAGUCCCUUAUAACGUGUGCUUCAUUGGCAAUGAGGAUCUGUCCACAACUCGGAGCACAACGGUCAGUGACAUUGCAGUGGAGAUUCUGUUCAUUAUAGAUAUUAUUCUAAAUUUCCGAACAACUUAUGUCAGCAAGUCUGGCCAAGUUAUCUUUGAAGCAAGAUCUAUUUGCAUCCACUAUGUCACUACCUGGUUCAUCAUUGAUCUGAUUGCUGCCCUGCCUUUUGACCUCCUGUAUGCUUUCAAUGUCACAGUGGUGUCGCUUGUACAUCUCCUGAAGACUGUUCGGCUGCUACGUCUUUUGCGCCUCCUGCAGAAGCUGGACCGUUAUUCUCAGCACAGCACAAUCGUCCUUACCCUGCUCAUGUCCAUGUUUGCUCUCCUUGCACACUGGAUGGCUUGUAUCUGGUAUGUCAUUGGAAAAAUGGAGAGGGAGGACAACAGCCUUGUCAAGUGGGAAGUCGGUUGGCUUCAUGAGCUGGGAAAGAGACUGGAAUCUCCAUACUAUGGCAACAACACACUGGGGGGCCCAUCCAUCCGAAGUGCCUAUAUUGCAGCCCUGUACUUCACUCUCAGCAGCCUGACGAGCGUUGGAUUUGGGAAUGUGUCUGCUAACACAGACGCAGAGAAGAUCUUCUCCAUCUGCACCAUGCUGAUUGGAGCCCUGAUGCAUGCCUUGGUAUUUGGGAACGUGACUGCCAUCAUACAGAGGAUGUACUCUAGAUGGAGCCUGUACCACACUAGAACCAAGGACCUAAAGGACUUCAUCCGUGUGCAUCACCUGCCCCAGCAACUCAAGCAGAGGAUGCUUGAGUACUUUCAGACAACUUGGUCGGUCAACAAUGGAAUAGAUUCAAAUGAGCUUUUGAAAGACUUCCCAGAUGAACUGCGCUCUGACAUCACAAUGCAUCUGAACAAGGAGAUCUUACAGCUGUCCCUGUUUGAAUGUGCCAGCCGGGGCUGCCUCAGGUCUCUGUCUCUCCAUAUUAAAACCUCAUUUUGUGCUCCAGGAGAGUAUCUGCUGCGCCAGGGAGAUGCUUUGCAAGCCAUCUACUUUGUGUGCUCAGGCUCUAUGGAAGUUCUUAAAGACAGCAUGGUGUUGGCUAUUCUAGGGAAGGGAGAUUUAAUUGGAGCAAAUUUAUCAAUUAAAGACCAAGUGAUCAAGACCAAUGCUGAUGUGAAGGCGCUGACCUACUGUGAUCUACAGUGCAUCAUCCUGAAAGGUCUCUUUGAGGUGCUGGGCCUUUACCCAGAGUACGCACACAAAUUUGUAGAAGACAUCCAGCACGACCUUACAUACAACCUUCGAGAAGGUCACGAGAGUGAUGUGAUAUCAAGAUUAUCGAACAAAUCUACAGUCUCACAGGCAGAGCCCAAGGGGAAUGGGAGCAUCAACAAGAGACUCCCAUCCAUUGUAGAAGAUGAAGAAGAGGAAGAAGAGGUGGAAGAAGAAGAGACCACCUCUCUUUCUCCCAUCUACACAAGGGGAUCCUCUGUUUCACACAGCAAAAAGACUGGAAGCAAUAAGAGCUACCUAGGUUUGAGCUUAAAACAACUGACCUCAGGAACAGUACCAUUCCACUCGCCUAUCAGAGUCUCCAGUGCCAACUCCCCUAAAACCAAGCAGGAGGCUGGCCCACCUAACCAUGGCAGAAGGAAAGAGAAGAACCUGAAAGUGCACCUUUCCAGUCUGGGUACUGCUGGAACCCCAGAGCUUAGUCCAAGGAUUGUUGAUGGAAUUGAAGAUGGCAACAGCAGUGAAGAAAUUCAGACUUUUGACUUUGGCUCUGAUCAGAUCAGGCCAGAGCCCAGGAUUUCCCCUCCCCUUGGAGGUACUAAGGUCAUUGUUUGUAAUUGUUCUGUGUCAGGCCCCAUGUCCUGUCAUUUACCAUCUCUAGUGAACAGUUUCUGUUAUUCAUCAAAGGGUGCCCCUGCUUUCUAG